UUUAAUUUAACAUAUUAUAUAUUGUAACCCUUCCUAUCAAGUUCAUGCUGUAGUGUUUUGCUUUUAUAAAAUUUAAUUAACAUUCCAAUAUGUAAAUGUUCACACCAGAAUCACGAGUCGAUAGGCCUCUGACUUACAUACUAGGGAAUGUUAAUUUGAGACAGCUUACGUUGUUUCCGUAUGCAUUUUCAACUUACUACGAUAACAUUAUUUGUGAUUUAACCAUCUCUUUCCUAAUAAGAUUCAGCACUUGAACGAAAUUUGACUAAUACAUCAAAUUACUUAUUGUUUCUUAGGCAAAGAUCAAUUUAAAUAAAGAUUCUAAGGCUAUUAUCUCAAUCUUAAUUGAGAAAUCGUGUUCGACUGCAUAAUAUCUUGCUUUUAAGCAUUAAUGAUUAAUUCACGAUUACCCAACCUCAAGUCAUAAUAGCUCAUAAAACAUGACUAAUCCAACAUCGAUCCAAAAAAUAUUAUCGAGAGAAACUCCAAAAAACGGAGAAAAGAGCCAUUUUGUUAUAAAAACGACACAAUUUCGCCCGAUUGCUUUUCGUGUCUUUACAAAAAAGUAUAACCUCAAUUUAAAUCGAAAAAGCUUAGAGUGUCUGUCAACAUAUGUCGCCAAUAGGUUAGGUUCAACUUGGAAAACCAAUUGCGAAAGUGUCUUGGAUGAAAUUGCACGUACCUGGAAACGCAUGCACGAGUCCACACCGAUUGUUUCACAUGAAUUACUAGUUCCCAUUCUGAACUCACUGACGGUACCACAUGAACCACAAAAUGUAGAGCUUGCUCGAAUGCCUUCAAUUGAUCCGGCUGCUGUUUUAAACAGGUCAAGAGGCUCGGAAAUAAAGGUUAAUGUUGAUGUAAAAAGUCAAUUCAAAGUAAUCGAUGCCUUCAAAAUGCCCUACUAUGAAUACCAAUCAUCAAGGAGGUUCUUUGAACGCUCUACCAAAAAACUUUCGCUGCUCCCGCAAGCAGAAUCAUUUACGAAUAUGUAUCAGAGACGUUUACAAGUGAUCCAACAUCGCAUUUCACAGAAUGAUGCAUUUCAGUCAACCUCCUUUCAUAGGACAUUCUCUAAUGGCGGACAAACAAGUAUUACUCCAAUCAGAAGCUUACUGGGUCGCGCCGGUAGUGAUUUCCUCUUGUUUGGACAACUCAACCUAAGACCAGACGGUAAACCCUGGUUAGAAGACUUGGACUCUCAAGUGGAACUAGAUGUUAGUCAAUGUGCUUGGGGAAUGGGUUGGUUUUUCCCUGGAUGUCUUGUUCUUGUUAAUGGUCAAUUUUUAGAGAACGGAAAGUUUCUUGUUUUUGAAGUUUGUCACCCACCCAUUGAAAAAAGAGACGCUACGUUACGGCAUCAAGCAAACUUGGACACUUUAGGAUUGAACUUGGAUACUAAUCAACUCGCUUACAUUCGAAGAGCUGAACGCGAAUUUCAAAAUGCUUACUUUGUUAUUUGUGCUGACUUGCACCUAGACGACAGACAAACCUUUAUUGCAUUAGAAAAAAUGCUCGGGAUGUAUGAAAACAAUAUUGAUGAACUUCCGGUAACUUUCAUUUUUUGCGGCAGCUUUUAUUCGACCGCGUUUCACAACACUGGUACCUCCCUGCAGUACAAAGAGCAUUUUAAUGAGUUUGCUACACUCUUAGAAAAGUUUCCGGGCAUUUGUAAAGACUGUCAACUUGUUUUUAUCCCUGGCCCUAAUGAUCCUUGGACCUGUAAUGGCAUUAGUAUGCUUCCUCAACAACCUAUCCCACCUUACUUUGUUAAUCGCAUCCGGAGAGUCAGUAAAAAUGCUAUAUUUACCUCCAAUCCUUCUCGUAUAUCUUUCUUUAGCCGAGAGAUUGUUAUUUUCCGUGACAAUAUAACAGGACGCUUCCAGCGGAACAGUUUUCAUGUGGAAAAACCGGAGAGACCAACCACAUCGGAUAAAAGAGAGGAUGCGUCAUCGUUAGAAGUCCAUCAAACUCAAUUAAAACGCAAACUUGUGAAAACGCUUUUGGAUCAAGCACAUUUAUCCCCAUUUCUUCACUGGAAGCGACCUGUUCUAUGGGAUUAUGAUUAUGCACUUUCUUUGUAUCCUGUUCCAGAUUGCAUGGCAAUUGUUGAUACUUCUAUACCUGCUUUUAACGUCCAUUAUGCUGGGUGCACGUCCUUUAAUCCCGGUGCUCUUAUUGUAGGCAAUUAUAUAUCCUGGCAAGAAGUUCGACCGCUUGUCAAACAAGUUAAAUGCAUAAAGGAACACUUGUAACAGUUCUAGGUUUAGAAACUUUCAUGAAAUACUACUAAAAAGUUAACUGUUUGUUUCAUUAAUCUAUGUUU